AUUCCGACAUCACGUGAACGCAUCAUCACAGACAGCAUCGUCCAGCGAGCCCGGAAGUCAAACUGAAAACUGCUGUGAGCCAAAACUUACACAGACACAAACAGCGGAUAUACAGGUGGAAAAAAAGAUAGAAAUUCACAGUUCAGCUUUUCUAUAAAGCUUCCAGCGAUGGAUAAGCUUCGUCGUGUGCUCAGCGGCCAAGAGGAAAACGAAGAGUUGGGUCUCACCGCGCAGGUCCUCGAUGCCAGCUCCCUCAGCUACAGCACCAGGGUGAAAUGGUUCUUCAUAUGCUUCGCUGCAGGCAUCCUGUGCUCAAUACUCGGCACAGCUCUGCUCUUCCUUCCAGGUGGAGUCAAGCUUUUCGCCGUCUUCUACACACUAGGAAAUCUCGCUGCUCUUUUCAGCACCUGCUUCCUGAUGGGUCCACUUAAACAGCUGAAGCGCAUGUUCGAACCAACCAGACUGAUCGCCACCAUCGUUAUGCUGCUCUGCCUUGUCCUCACACUUUGUGCAGUGUUUUGGUGGCAUAAAAAGGGGCUGGCUAUCAUCUUCUGUGUUCUGCAGUUCUUGGCGAUGACCUGGUAUAGCAUCUCGUACAUUCCCUUUGCCAGAGAUGCAGUGAUGAAAUGCUUCACUACCUGCCUGAGUUAGGACGCCGCGGUGUCCUAUUUCACCUGAAGACUGGUCCUCAUAUGCAAACUGCAAACUGCAACAAAAAAAAAACCCACAGCUGCAGCUCUGUAAAAUACGCAUCCAUGUUGUUUGUACACUUUAUCUCCAGAUUUUUACUGUUGCUUUUUUCAUACUGUGAAUUCUCACCUUUUAAGCCUAUAAUCAGAUGACAACACUUACUUUUGCCAUUUUUUGAUGUGAGAGUGCAUUUAAUGCUUAAUAUAUUUAAAGAUAUUUCUUAUUCUGUAUGUUUGGAGGAUUUUUAUUCCAUUAAGUGCAGGGAAGUGAUAUUUUGGCUUUACCCCAUAUUGUGAUUUACAGUUUAAGUGCCUCAAUGACCAACCAUGAUCUUUUGCAUAUUGACGCAGUGAUCUGCUCCUCCUGACUUCUUACACACGUGUUAUUAAAACACAUUUUCUUUCUCUCUUCUCUCGUCUGAGUGUAAGAUGCACUGAUGUAUAAAGACGCUCUCGGUUAUUUCCCUGUAGGCGAAUGAGGCUCUGCUUCACUGAUGAUGCUCCGGUAUGUAUGUGAUCCACAGCUUUCCAGACACACAGAUUAAAAUAAAGAGAAGAAGAAGCAGCUCCUGUCUAGUCUGUCCGUCCUCUUUUUGUAUUUAAACACACCUGCCCCCCCUCCCCGUAAUCAUCAAAUUACAUUAAAAAAAAAUCUCCUUUAAAUUUGACUUUCUGCCAGAUGUAGCGACGACCCAGUUAAUUACGCUUUUCUGAGCAUUGUGAUUCUGAUGUGACCUAAUAACCCAGUGUAGCUCGCAUCGGGUACCUCGGUAUUGCUUCGGCAUGACGGCACUGCCUUUGAGGAUGCGGUUGUCAUGACAACCUCCUCCUCCUCUGGAAGAUGCAUAACCUCAGCCAACCCCCCAUCUGUGCUGCAGAUGUUCACAUUAUAUCAGAUGAUGUGAGGAAGUGGGGUUGUUCAUUUCUUUAUUAUAGAAACACCUCUGAGAGUCGAGGGUCUCUCCACAGAUUUACUUCAGAUGCAGAAAAAAACAGUUUGAUUUAAAUUUGGCAUCGAUAGUCGUACCUAAAAACAGUCCUGUGCUCCCUGAUUUGAUGUCUGCACGAGGUUUAACAAACAUUCUUUCAGAGUUUUUUUUUCUGCUUGAUGCACACAUUUCACUUCCUGUUUUGGAAGCCCCCCCCCCCACUCUCCCCCCCUUCCCUCAAAGUCUCAUUAGGCUCUUGUCUAAUACGGUGUCGGAUUAGCAUGGACAAAAUCUCCCCUCCUCACUACUCGUCCGACAAAACUUGGCAGAGACCCAGCAGAUCCUUGAGCAGUUAAUCUUCUGGAUGAAAUGUUUCUGCUGAAUGAACGGGAGCGUUGUCGUUCUUAUGAUCGCUUUCCUUCACCCAAACAUUUUUUUGGAUUAAGUUCGAGGAGUUUUAAGUUUUUAGGAUGAGGCAGGAAGGGAAGUACCCCCUGACCUCGGGCAAUCUGUCAGCGUCCCAACUGUUCCCUCUUCAUUACGUCUAAUCCAUUGUUAUGUCAGAGAGGAGAGGGAUCCCACGGCGCCACAAAAACCACAGAAAUGAAACCAGUCCGGGUCUCGUCUGCAGCUCGUCCUGUGAAAAUGAAAAUGUGACGAGGCUUGUGUCAUCAUGGAUUUAAAUGUUGUUGUUUCACUUCUGAGAGUGAUUCAGUCGAACAUUGCCUUUAAAUUACAAAUGCACCAAUUUGGAAAAAUUAUGGCCAAUUCUGCUACAAAUGUUUGAAAUUACAAUUUAGCCGAUUGCCGAUGUUUGUGUAAGACUCCCACAAUGCAACAUUUUCUCUCAUGUUUGACAUGACAACAAAUCAGAGUUUGUCCAACUGGUGACUUCCUGUGUCCUGUAAGAAAACCAUUUCUCUGAAUCAGUCGUUAGGUGCACUAAAUUGAUUUUGCACAACAAAUAAACAUCGGCUACUGACAUCAGCUCAUGCCACAUUAUCUGCCAAUGUCUGCAACGGGGUCGAUGUCAGCCGAUACAGAUGUUGAAACGCUACUUUAAAUGUGUUUUGUUUAGAGAGUACGUUGAAACCUUCAGCUGCAGAAACUGAAUUUUAUAGAGAUUCUAACACCUAUCUGAAACAGUCAUGGGCCCUUUGUUCAAAACAUUACCUGUGAUCCCCCUGUCCUUAAGUCAUUUGUUUGUUUGUUUGUAAAUCAGAACUCAAACUGUAAUCACUCUUUAUUUGUAACCGUAAGCACCCUCAGGCGAUAUCAAAUAAAUAAUCUAAAAACAA